AUGCUUGGAAUAAAGACCCUUGAACAUGGGACUGUGUUUGACAGGUCAGUGCCUUCACAGAUGUUGGAGGGAGUCAAGAUGUUGGUCCCUCUUACUUUCUCCCAUUUCUGCACCUUCUGUGUCACCUGGCCCAAAUUCAACUUUGUGUCCAUCUCUGUAUGUUUAAGAAAGACCACACCUACAGACAAGCUCAUAAGAGAUGAGUUUGUAGAGAAUACCUCGAUCACAGACAGAACUCAAAACAAGAUUCAGGAUGGAAUUUUAAAAAUACGCCUUGACACAACUCACCUUUUCUUCAUAAUGGAAGGCAAGAAAGACUUGACAAAGGACCAGAUAAAAGUUACUUUGUCUUUACACAAGGCAGUAAGGCCAGUGAGAGAAAUAGCCAGGAUUGUGGGUGUUACAAGGAGAUGUGUGCAAAAGUGGAUACGAAAGUUUCGUAUGGAAGGCGGGGUGGCAACACCAGAACAGAAAAAGAGGCCUGGGCGAGGACGUAAAACUUCAUCAUGCACAAUAAAUGUUGUGAAGCGUCAGGUGGAUGCUUUUCCUCAAAUCACAGCAAGGGAAUUAAAAGAACAAAACCCUCAGCUGCUCGGGCAAGUGUCUGUGAGGACGGUACAGCACUGCCUGCACGAUGACCUUGAGUUCCGCAGACACCGCGCUCUCAAGAAGCCACUCACCACCCUAGGCAACAAGAGCUUAGGGUUGCAUUUGCCACUAAAUAUCUCCAGUGGGAUAUGGCAAAAUGGCAUGAUGGUGUGGGCCUGCUUCAGGUAUCAUGGUGUAGGAAAUUUAGUGUUUUUGCCAAGAAAUGAAAACAUGAAUCAGAACAAUUAUUUGGAACUUUUAUGUGACUUUUUGCCCGGGUCUUUUGAAAUGUGCAAUGCUACUGUGUUCAUGCAGGAUGGAGCUCCAUGUCACAGGGCAAAAUCCAUCCUGACAUGGCUUCAGAACUGCCAGAUUGACUUUUUGGAGGACUGGCCACCCAAAUUCCCUGAUCUGAACCCUAUUGAAAACAUCUGGUCCAUCAUGAAGAGGCGCUUGCAGAGGAGGGAUAUCUCCGACAUAACGAAGCUGCGGACGGCCAUCAAGGAGGAAUGGCAUAAUCUAAAUCAAAUAACCCUCAAAAACCUGGCUGAAUCUCUUCCUUCAUGGCUUCUAAAGUGUAUAAGGAGGAAAGCCCAUCAAUUACUAGUUUCCUCGUAA